UCACACAACCAGAAUAAUAACAAUAACAAUACGCACACUAUUUAAACUUACGUUUAUCAAUUUAUGCGUCGCUCCGAAACUAAACAUUCCGUUUUAUUUGGAAAAGAGCACAGCCCGAAGACGCACACAACGAUAAACCAGUAGUGGAGGCUUGAUGAGUGACAGGUGUGAUAGAAGGUGUUAUCCAAGGUGAUGCAGAGCCCUCCUUCCAGUCUCAGCGAUGGAAAACUCCCUGUAUUUGUCUUCCCUUCCUCCUUAAUCUUCUACUCCGACGACCAGUCCACACAUAAACAGGUGCUCACUUUGUACAACCCCUAUGAAAUGGCACUGAAAUUUAAGGUCCAGUGCACUGCUCCUAAGAAAUACUCUGUCAUAGAUCCAGAGGGAGUAGUCAAACCAAGGUGCUGUGUGGAUGUUGUGAUACGCCAUGUAGAUAUCUGUAUAAAACAUGAAGGUGUUCUUGACAAGUUCAGGAUUCAGGUGUAUGAACAGGGAUCUAGGAAAAUGGCAGGGAAGAAGGAGGUCACAUCAGUCCUCUAUCCCACACGGGACAGCCAGGUCAAGUCUGAGGACACAUUUGAAAGCCUUCCUACUGUCCCGGGUGGGAAAAUGGGAGAGCAACUCAGUAUUCCUAUAAGACCAGGUCAAUCUCAGUCCACUAGUCCAAGCCUGGUCAUCAUCAUGGCGGCCAUUGCGUGUAUCGCUGCACUCAUGCUUCCAACUGUAGGUGACAAGAAUAUCAAAGUGCCAGAAUACUUAGUGCUCUCAGUGAACCAGAAACUUAUAGCUGCUUAUGUCUUAGGUUUAGUCACAAUGGUUUUGUUGAGAACAUGACAAAAGAUUCCUGAUGCUGACUGGGACGUAGAUGCUCAAGAAUUCUGCCUAUGUGUUUUGAUGUGAUAGUAGAUGUUCGUGAAGGGGCUAGAUAUAUAAUCUAGAACUGUGACUUUGUGCAGUAGGAUUAAACCACAUUCAGUACAGCGGACUAACAGAUCCCUGGAUAAAAUAUUGCGACCACUUAAAAGCUUUCAGCUUAAUUCCUGAUCAGACACUGAAUAGAUUCCCUGUGGGGAUUACACAACAAGCAUGCAAGUGAGUCAGCCAUAUUUGGUCCACGGAUCUGCUAGUCGGCUGUUCUGAAGGUGGCCUUAGGGACCUGUGUCACAAUAGAAAUUUAGAUGGAAAGUAGAAAUAUUGAAAUAUUGCAAAAAAAAAAAGAAAUAUUGCAGCCGUUUUAUGCCAAGAAAGAAAUGGUUGCUAAUGUAGACAAACAUUUACUCCUUUAAUAAUGGACUGCUGCACAUUAACUCUAAAAUGACCAACUUUUGCCCCAAACCUCUUAAAAUAAAAUAGACCAAAAUUUAGUUGUUAAGGUUCAGAUUAACUUUUGGCCUAAAGCUCUUUUGUGAAUAUGGAUUCAGGCUUAACCUAAGGAGGGGUUUAACCAUGUAUGUAUAGAGUUUUAAGAAGGUUCUGUGAUUGGCUUCUAAGUUUAAGAAAUCUCAAAUCUUAACCGAUCAGCUCUCAGGAGACAGUUUCUUUGAGAACCUCAUUGAGUUUCGCAUGUUAACAAAGACUCAUUAAAUUAAUGCUGGUAAUAGAAGUGAGUUUUCAGUCAUCUAAGAAAUUCAGGGUGAUAAGGUCUGGGCUCUUUUUUGUUAUGCAUUGAAUAGAAAUAACUUUGUAAAGGCGAUAAGAUGAAGUGAUUGACCAAAUUUAAGGAAAAGGAAAAUGUGGUUUGUUAAGGAAAAAUGGUGUUUGGGUUUUAAUGCAUUGUUCAGUGAUCUGAUGUAGUGAAAAAAAAAUGUCCAUAAUGACUUUUAUUGUUUUGCAUCUCUCCCGAUGAGUCUUAUCACAACUACAACAAAACACUGUCUUAGUGUGUAAGAAAAUAUGUUGAAAAUAUGUUGUUACAUGCCUCUUAUCUAUAGUUUUUCAGAAAGACUUCAUGGCAGUUUGAAUAUGUCCUAACAAUCAUUAUGAUAUUCAAGAACACAAACAAUCCUAACAGCUAUGUAGAUUUGAAGGAGAAGAGUUUUCGAGAAUAAUUGGUAAACUAAAAUGUUGUUUGUUUUAAAUUUAGUAGAAAUGGCAUAUAUUUAUGAUAAUUGUUGCCUUGACUGAGGACUUCUUUUAGAGUUCAGUGAUCUUCUUGUUUUUAUUUACGUUUAUAUGCAAAGAGUGACAUAUUUGAUGUUAUUUAUUUUAUUAGAAUAAAUGAAAGUUCU